AUGGCCGAGUCUACGUCUUAUGACGCGACUGCUCACAACGGGAACACAGAGUUCCACUCGCCGCGACCGCGCAAACCCACGAGGAUCGAUUUGCUCAAGCCUCAACUUAGCGAUGAAGCGUUUAACAAGAAUGGCACGCUCCGGGAACCUGGGUCCGGCGUCUCUAGUGGAAGAAGUACACCCAUACCCCCAGAUGCCCCGCCUUCCGUCCAGGCUUCCUCUUCAGCGCGGCGACAGAUACGCGCUCAGCGCAAGCAGCGCAUGUUCCCUACCAUCGACUACGUAGAUCGCGUCUCCCACUUCGACCCAAACAGCGACUAUCAUGAUUUCCGCGGCUUCUUCGUUCUGUUCUGGAUCGGACUCGCCAUCAUGGUCCUUACAUCGAUGCUACGAAACCUGACUGAGACGGGAUAUCCCUUCCAGAUCAGACAGUGGGCGCUUUUCAAGGAGAAGGUUGUCGAGCUUGGUCUGGUUGACGGUGCCAUGGUGUUCAGCACCGCUUUGUCGCUGCCCCUGCAGAGACAAUUCCUCAAGGAAGGGCUCCUGCGUUGGAACGCGUCCGGUCUGGUCGUACAGAGCAUAUUCCAGACAAUAUGGCUAGCUUUCUGGACUACAUACCCUUUCAUUCGCGACUGGAGCUGGACUGCCCAGGUCUUCUUCACUCUGCAUCUACUUGCAAUCUUCAUGAAAAUGCACUCCUAUGCAUUUUACAACGGUCAUCUUAGCGAAACCCUACGCCGCUUGAACGAUCUCGAUACACCUGACAAGGCUAGCAAAGUAGCCGCGGUUCGCUAUCCGAGUUCCAGUACUCAUCUGCACGAGAUCCCACAGUCUCCCUCCCAAGAAGAGCCCGAUCCUAAAAAGGCAAACGCAGAGUAUUUGAGCCAACUGAGAGAAGACCUCGCGUUGGAGCUUGCUUCGCCUCUUGGUAACGUCUCAUACCCCAACAACCUCACCCUCUACAACUUUGUCGACUUUGUCUUUUGUCCGACCUUGUGCUAUGAGCUUGAGUAUCCUAGAAACGCCAGUAUUCGCUGGUUGGAGGUCUUCUACAAGACUCUGGCCGUAUUCGGAUGCAUCUUCCUAAUGAUCAUCACUGCAGAGGAGUUUAUAUUGCCGGUGCUCGACGUAUCAGCUGUGCGACUCCAAAACUCAAAUGGCGCUACAGAUUUCACCUUGAUUCUCAGCGAGACUAUCGGUCGCCUCCUUUUCCCUUUUAUGAUUACCUUCCUGCUAGUCUUCCUCGUCAUAUUUGAAUACAUCCUGGGUGCCUUUGCGGAGAUAACUCGUUUCGCCGACCGCCAAUUCUACGCAGACUGGUGGAAUAGUUGUGACUGGCUCGAAUUCUCGCGCGAGUGGAACAAGCCUGUUCAUCAUUUCUUCCGAAGACAUGUCUACUCGGCCUCUAAGAACCACAUGUCGCGUCCUCUUGCUACGACAAUCACCUUUCUCAUUUCGGCUCUGGCACACGAACUAGUCAUGGGUUGCAUCACAAGAAAGUUUAGAGGCUACGGAUUCAUUGCGAUGAUGCUUCAGAUGCCGAUUGUGAUGCUGCAACGAAGCAAGUGGGUUAGGGGCCGCACUCUGUUGAACAAUGUCCUUUUCUGGUGCAGCAUGAUCUUAGGACUCAGCAUGAUGUGUGCUUUGUAUGUCCUUGUAUAA